AUGUCUGGGUCUCUCGAAGCCCUCACCAGACCCUCGGGUUUCUUUGUGCGCCAUGCCUCUCGUACAAGCACAAACACUCGCAUUCCUCCUAUCGCUCGUCGGUCUGCCUCACCCAUCCCCAGUCGCAUCGCCUUGUUAUCGCGUGACAAGCUGGAAAGAGAAACAGCAGCCAAGAACCCCGACUUGCGUCGUUGCCUAGGCCACCAACGACUUCUCCGCCGCUCAAUUGAAGCUGCCCAAGAAGACAUGCGAAGGGCAAUGGCAUCAUUCAAGUUAGAAGACAGCGAUGAUGAGGACGAAAUUCUUGGAGAUGAUUAUGACUCCUCCCCCAGCCCUAUGAUUCGCGAGCAGAUCACAAGGGCUGUCAAGGCAAUAGUCAAACGUCGUGCAACCAGUCAAGUCCACGAGACCGACAAUGCCAACUCAACGCCACAACUGAUGCAAUAUUUGUGUCUCGGUCCUCCCAGCAUGCCGGGGUCUUAG